AUGGUGCCGAAUGUCGAGGUUGCUUUUAAGGACUUUGCUGAGUUUAUUCUCAAGGUCCUCAUAAGCGAUGGGCUCGUCAGCGAUGAAUUCGUCAAAGUAUUCGUCAAAAAUGGGUUCGUUAACGACGAGUUCGUCAACGAUGAGUUGGUCAAAGAUGGCUUCGUCAAAAAUGGGUUCGUCAACGAUGUGUUCGUAAACGAUGAGUUCGUCAACCCAAGCGGCUUGAGGGUGUCAACAAGUUCGUCAAACGACGUGGCCAGCGCAGGCACGGUGACAGCUGCGUCCUGA